CGUCAACGCUCCGUUUAUGAAUCCACCGUCCUAAACAAGUCUCGUCCACGAUCCAUUCUGUUCUUGCAUCUUUGUUUAAGCGAAAAGCAUAUCAUCGUGCUUAGCAGCAUCAUGGAGCGAAAAGCGUCUCAUAACCUGUUUGAGGUUUAUCUACGGCUACGACCCCCGCCUACGCGACAUGGUGAUGGGGAUCGUAUUCUUGAUGUUGAGCCCACUGAGGACGGUUCACAUCCUAAGCAUAUUAUUCUGAAUCCGCCUACAGAUCGACGUAGAGCGAUCGAGAAGUUCGCGUUCACCCAGGUCUUUGAGGAAGAUGCAACCCAGCUCGAUGUCUUCCACUGCACAGAGAUCGUCUCCUUCGUUGAGGGCGUGUUGGCGCCUGAGGGCGGCGAGGGAACAGAUGCUGUCGUCGCUACCUUGGGAGUGACAGGUUCCGGCAAGACGCAUACGAUCCUCGGAAGCAAGACACAACGCGGCCUGACCCAACUCACGAUCGACGUCCUCUUCCGCUCAAUCGGCGAAAACAUUCUCGAUCCCAACGCCGCCUUCACAGCCCAAGACUCCCUUCAAGCCAUCGACGGUGCCGAGUCCUCCCUAACAACCGCGUCCCACUUCUUCGACCCUCCCUUUCGCGACUCAGUCGCUUCGCGAGCGCCUUCACGCGCCGGCACACCAAUGCUUUCCGAUGGUCUCAUGUCCCCACCACCUCGACGAAUUACCGUACGCCCCUCGGCUCUUCCUCAGCUCCCCGACGUGAGCAACAUCGACAUUUCCUGCGAUCCUUCGGCCGAAUAUGUUGUUAUAAUCUCAAUGUACGAAGUGCAUAAUGACCGAAUCUACGAUCUCCUUACUCCCGCUGUCAAAUCCGGAGCCACAAAAGAAGUGCGACGACGCCCUUUACUCUUCAAGUCAACAGAGCUAUCACCAGACCGAAAGGUUGUCGCUGGCCUUCGAAAGGUCAUCUGCUCCAGUUACAACGAGGCAUUGACCGUUAUUGAGACCGGUCUGCAAGAGCGCCGAGUCACCGGUACCGGAAGCAACAGCGUUUCAAGCCGAAGCCAUGGAUUCUUUGUCUUUGAAGUAAAGAAGCGAACUCGUAGCAGGAGGCCUGGCCCUUGGGAGGGAAACAAGUUUACCAUUGUUGAUCUGGCGGGUAGUGAGCGUGCGCGCGAAGCCAAGACGGCGGGCGCUACACUUGCAGAGGCUGGUAAGAUCAAUGAGAGUUUGAUGUACCUCGGUCAAUGUCUCCAGACACAGAGUGAGGCUGCUAGCUCCAGCAAGCCCAACAUUGUUCCCUUCAGACAAUGCAAACUCACCGAACUCCUCUUCUCAAACUCAUUCCCCUCCUCCUCAACCUCUCACUCCCAAGCUACUCGUCGCAAUCCCCAAAGAGGCGUCAUGAUCGUCACCGCUGACCCUCGCGGCGACUUCAACGCCACAUCUCAAAUCCUUCGAUACAGCGCCCUUGCUCGCGAAGUCACGGUCCCUCGCGUUCCCUCAAUUACAACAACCAUCCUCGCCCAACCACCGCAAAUGGCUCAAAACCGCUCCGUCAGUCCAACACAUCCUCACCCACGACCAUUCAUGCCCGCAGGUGGAGGAUCUUAUAGAAACUUCUCUCCACCAAUGAGCUCGGAUGAACGCGCGACCAUGGAGAUUGCAGCGCUGGAGAUCGCACGGCUUAGUGAGGAAGCGGAUCAAUUGCGCGAAGAAGUCGAUCGUCAAAAUGAAGCACGCGUUGCAGCUGAAGCUCACCUGCUCACCAUGGAGGACCGCAUGCUUGAUCUCGAGGCAGCCAUUCGCGAAGAGUGCGCCAUGGAGUUUGAGCAGCGUCUUGCGCUAGAAAUGGCCCGCUGGAAGAACUCCAUGGCUAUUGAGCAAGAACGUACCGAAGAGCAUUGGGAUCGCAAAGUCGAAGUCCUCGAGCGAGGUCUCGCCUCUGACGAAGAUUGCGAUAAAGAAAACGUUCUUAUCGAAGAUCUCGAAGAGGAAGUAGAUCGACUCCGUCGCGAAAACGGUAUUCUUAAGCGUGAGCUUGCGUCCCGCAGCCCGACUAAGCGCAAGCCCCUCGAGGAGCGGGAGGACUUUGCGCCUUCUUCUAAGCCAUCUCGCGGCGACAGCAUGACCAACUUAGGACGCAAGCUGGAGCGCAUGCGUGUUAGUGGUGAAAAGGCACGCCCGGUACCUGUCAAUGGGAACGGCAGUCCAAAGAAGAUGCGGAAGUUGGGGACGAGGAAGUGGGAGCAUGAGGAAGAUGAGCUGUCUUAGUAUGUCUAGCUACUACUUAUGAGCGUGUUUUUCAGGGUCAUGGAUAUGAUGGAUGGUCGGUUUGUGUUAUAGAAUUGGUUCGGAUUGGAUGGGUCUGACGGAUAAUGGAUGGAGUAUACCCUUUGCGUAAUGUCGUGCAAGUUCAUAGCAUCGUAAUGCAGUUUUUUGUUGUUCGUUCGCUGUACUCCUCAGUCCCUUCAAUUGCCUUCAAUUGAGAACUUCGGCUAUGUUAUCCUGAAAAGUGCUUCCCGAUCCUUCUUCAUCACCUUAAGCUGUGUAUAUAUACUGCCCAGUGACGCAUUCCUGCGAACACUAGCAUAUUGGUGCUGGUUGACGGGCAUCCAUGUCAAAUGUCGAGGUACCUCACACUCCUUAGAUAUUUUUAUCGCCCUCUGCACUGUCCCGACAGUCACCUUUGCUCCUUUUUCUAACAUAAGAUGCACACAUUCUGUCACCUGGCUAUCUUCUUCCUUAGAGCUUCUCUCAACAAUCGCAAUAGCGCCGGCGAGUAGUUCUUCCCAUGCUGUCGUUCUGCGGAAUCCGAUUUGCUUGAUUACUUCAUUAGGCUUUGCUCCUUUGUCGAGUAAAAGUUUGAUUACUGAUGCACUUCUUGUGUCUGUCAGGCGCACAAGCGAAAGAAGGGGAACUUUGAGCAGCUCAGGAUUUCCCUGUAGUCUCCACCCAAGUGCCCCCAGUUUCAAACGUUCCUUUGGGUCUCGUUUCGCAAUCACGACAAGACCGCGGCGAUCUGCCUUUGCUCCAAUAUAUUCCCCUACACAUAACACAGCUGCCAGGCAGAGGAAUUCUUGGUUGGGGUCGGAGCGGUAACUGCUCAAUUCUGUCCAGGUCAAUUUGCUCUGCCAUGUGCCCUUUGGUUCCCUGAACCUCUUUUCUUUAUACUUGUAACAGCAGAGACCGGCACACUGCUCUCGGAGAUGAUCCAUCAAUCGAACAACAUCGCACCUUGAGGAUGGUAACGCAUCCCCCGCAUGGUCAAGGCUUUCGACCAAAUUCAGUUGGAAAUAUCUAGUCCCGGAUUUGCUUCGUGCAUUUGACCUCGCCCAGAGCUUUGCCAAGGAUGUAUAUGCCGCUGAGAUCCUAAGACCAGAAUCGUAUGGCGUGGUAAGACAGCUGUUGAGCCUUUGCUGGGUAUCAGGCCUUCUCAAAAAGUCCUCAAAUGUCCUGUGUAGAUAUACAACAUUACCUCCAUCAAUUUUUGCAGGAUCGCAUUGCUCUCGUAUAGUUCUCACUUGCUCAUGAACUUCAAGUAGACCUCUGCAGCGACUGACAAUACGACGCCGCAUAUCUUCUAGUCGGCCUAUCACCUCCUCAUAAGGGACAGCACUCGGGUCUUCGUCAAUGGCCCGCUCUAAAAAAUCGACCUCGUCCGCAUACCACAGUAUACGUAACGAAGUUGUCCCGUUGCACGCGUAAACUAGCUUGAAGAGCUGGGCGGCAUGUUCGCGAUACAAAGGAUCAAUACUGUCGAUAAUCCUUCCAUAGAGUUCAUCCAUUUCUGAUGGAAGCAGAUUGAGCCGAUUCUUGAGAUCUUCAACGCGGUCGCCGGCCAUCAUCCCAGCCAAGAGCGACGCGACAACAAUGGUGACCCAAAGAAAGACACCACUCGCUUUGUCGGCUAUUGAGUGGCUCAAAGCACCAGCAAAUUGAGGAUGUAGUUUCUGAAACCUUGCGAAUUGAGUAUUCGCUUUGAAUUUAGAAACGACAUACUUCGUGAUAUCGUCGUAGGUGAGGUCUUCCAUCUUCAGCCUAGGAUAGUAUCCGAAAGCGUUCUCAAACUCUGUCCAAGGGCGGCUUGAGACGCAAACUUUGAUUGGAGAUGCGAUGCACUUC